AUGGGGGUCAGCAAUCCAGUCAAGUAUGUCCGGCGUCUGUCCCUUUUCACCAAACGAACCGAGCAAUCCACCUGGAAAGGGAAAGAAAUCGACUCGGAUCCGCCGAUCGAGGUUCGCUGGAGUGCUGUGCAGUGUCCAGAUGACUUCGCAUUGACCGAUGCCCACAUGGCGGUGAGCCCAAGUGGCUCCGAUCUGGGCCACAGCAGCAGCAGCAGGAAUAGCAGCAGCAGCAGCAGCGGCAGUAGUAGCCGGACGGGAUUGGUGCGCAUCGUGAGUUGGGCCAGUCUUGUUGGAGACCGAUGUCGGUGGACGAUGGAGCAAGAACGCAAACUGGCCAUUGCAAGGAGCGAGCUGGCUCGAUGUCAGAAAGCAUGGAGUUCAGAACAGGAGUUGUGGCUAGCACAUAUCAAAGACCUGCACGAGGAAAAAGAGGCCCAUGAACAAUUUCUUCAUCACCGAGCGAAACAACAAGACGAGGAACAGCAGCAUUUCCGUAAAUCCUGGAUCCGACGAAAAUCCUACGAAGAACAGCAGCAGCAGCAGCAGCAGCAGCAACCGAUAGCCCCUACACAGAGGACCAAUAGCAGACUGCGGCGGAUACGGCGCAUGGGAUCAUAG